AUGGUGGCUAAGCAAGGCUGGUUCCUCAUGACUAAUCCGAAUGCCUUAGUGUCCAGAAUCUUCAAAGCGAGGUACUUUCCGAGAUCUAGUUUCUUUGAUGCUAAGUUGGGCUAUAAUCCUAGUUUCGUUUGGCGGAGUAUUUGGAAGGCUAGAGAUGUCCUUACCCUUGGUUGUAGAUGGCGGAUUGGUGAUGGUAGAAACAUAAGAAUUAUGAAUGAACCAUGGCUAAGAGGGACUAGAGAAGGUUGUUUGAUGGGCCCUCAAAAUCAAGGUGUGUAUACUUUAACUAUUAAGGAUCUAUUGCUGCCUAAUGUCAAACAAUGGAAUAUGAGAGUUUUACGUGAUUUGUUUGAUUACUCAGUGGUUCGUGAUAUUUUACAAGUUCCGUUGACAGAAGAAGUGGUCGAAGACUGUAUGAUCUGGAAGGAUGAUGUAAGUGCUCCGUCUAGAGUGAAACAUCUUCUUUGGAGGAUUUGUAGUGAUUGUCUCCCAUCUAAGGUGCGUCUUAUUCAACAUCAUGUACCUUGUAGUCCCAUCUGUCAGCUUUGUGGUCAUAAUUAUGAGGACGAUUGGCAUGUAUUUGUUGGUUGUUCGGAAACUUUCUCUUGUUGGCAUUCAGCUGGUCUUACUGAUAUCAUCUCUCCUCGUCUCCAUUCUUUCCAGGAUCUCAGGUCCUUUAUCUUUGAUAUUUGCAUGAAGGAGGAUAGGUAUACCGCAGGAAGAGUGGCGGUUAAGUUGGAAGGGUUAUGGAAGAAUAGGAACGACUUCGUGUGGCAUAAUGAAAAGGAAGAUGAUUCCAAACUUGGUUGGCUAGCAUUCCAUAAGUGGCAAGAUUGGUUUAUGGCCCAAAAUAUUCGGGAGCCGCAGUUAGACAACGGAGAAGUGGUUUCAUGGAACCCGCCUCCUAUUGGUAGCUUCAAAUGUAAUGUGGAUGCCGCUUUCAACAAGCGUGUAGGUACUACGAAUUGA